AUGGAUGAAAAUUCAAGCGACAAGGAAUCCUUGAUGGCUCGCAUUCAUCAGCUGGAGCAAGAGCGUGAUGAAUUACGCAAAGACAUUGAACAGUUGUGUAUGCAACAAGCUGGACCAAGCUACCUUGUUGUGGCUACUAAGAUGCAUUUUCAAAGGACAGCUGGCUUGGAGCAGGAGAUUGAAAACUUGAAAAAGAAGCUAGCUGCUUGCACUAGAGAUAAUGUGAAUCUUCAAGAGGAGCUUUCAGAGACUUACAGAAUCAAAGGCCAGUUGGCUGAUCUUCAUAGUGCAGAGGUGGCAAAGAAUGUGGAAGCAGAGAAGCAGCUUAAGUUUUUCCAGGGCUGUGUAGCUGCAGCUUUUGCUGAACGAGAUCAUUCAAUAAUGGAGGCUGAGAAGGCUAGGGAGAAAGAGGAGCUUAUGUCAAAGAAACUAUGCGAUAUAGAGAAGAGGUUAGAAGAGCUUGCUGCAGAUUGUUCUGAGCAGAAAAAACUUAAUGAUAAACUGCAAACUGAUUUAGCAAUGCAAGAGGAGCAUAAUGAAAGUUUCAAGAAGGUAAUUGAUAAGUUUUAUGAGAUCAGGCAGCAUUCUCCCGAGGGAUUUCAGGAUACUAGUUGGGACAGAAAAUGUGCAUGUCUUUUGCAUGAUCCUGCAGAAUGGUGGAGUUUCAAUGAUGCUUCAACAUCUAAAUAUAUUAGUGCAUUAGAGGAAGAGCUUGAGAGGAUGAGGAACUCUGUAGAUAAUCUUCGAAACAGGCUACAAGUGGGUUUGGAAAUUGAAAAUCAUUUAAAGAGGAGAGUUGGUGAAUUGGAAAAGAAAAAAAUCAUUUCAGAUAAAAUGAUAAAGAAUGAAAUUGCAGAAUUGCAUCAUUACCAUUCUCAGCAUAGAGUUCAUGUAAUAAAUCUACUUAAUGAGGGAAAGGCUAGUAUCAAAUCAAUAUGUGAUGCAAUAGAGGAAAAGAGUAGGCAAAUUGAUGUGGGCAGACUACAAAAGGUGGGGCCUCCUCCGGGAGAUGUAAAGCAAGACAAAAAUAACUGCCAAGACGUACAUGAAAAUGCUGAUGCUGAACCUCAGUUGUUAUCCAAGAAUAGUGGCCCUGUCUUAUCAGAAUUUGUGGCAGUUGGAGGGAACGAUUCCUCUGAAGCCCUUGCACAGGCAUUGCAAGAUAAGGUUGCAACGUUAUUGCUUUUAUCACAGCAGGAAGAAAGGCAUUUACUGGACAGAAAUGUGAAAUCUGCUCUUGAAAGAAAAAUAGAAGAGCUUCAGAGAAACUUACUACAGGUUACCAACGAAAAGGUAAAAGCUCUAAUGGAGUUUGCACAAUUGAAGCAGGAUUAUCACCAGCUUAAAGAGAGAAUUGGUCAGGAGACAAAUAGAGAAAAUUUGCUUGCUGAAAGUGGGGAUCGAAAAGCAGUUACUCAUGAAAGGGAUGGAAGGCUAAAGAGCUUGUUGAAGAAAACGUAUUUGAGCCGUUGGGUUGGCCCUCCAGACUCUAGGGGAAUUGAAGCUGAAGGUGGCCUAAAUAUCGAGGGGAACAGGAGGUCCAAUAGUAGCAUGGAGUUUGCCAGAAUGAAAAUUGAAAUUGCAACACUUAGGGAAAGCAUGGGAAGUAUGGAGCAUUUGACUACUACAGUUCACAGGCUUCGUCUAUCUCUUUCAAAGGCCAAAGAGUCGGUAACUUCUGGAAGUACAACGGUUACUAGCCUAUCAGAAACUGUCAACAACAUUAUUUAUGAGGCAAAACUAGUGAAGACUGCACUUGGAAGCUCCCUACCAAUCAGUUGGUCAGCAGACACAGAUGUUGAAUUCAAUGAUCAUAGUCUCAGCAACGAGCCUGGUCAUGUUUCUGGGGAGACCAGCCACGAGAAGAUAGAUUCUGUUUUUGCUGCUGGAUUUGAGAUGGUGGAGCUCCUAAUACUUGCAGCACAGAUAUUGAAGGAUAACAUGUGCAAAACCGGUUCCUGA